AUGGCCGGUGACGACUCCCAAAAAGACUCACUCGACAUUAACACCCUUUCUUUUAAACUGCCACCGUUUACCCCGAGCAACCCUCGCGUUUGGUUCAGGCAGAUCGAGGCUCUUUUUGUGACAAGCCGCAUUACCAGCGAGCGUACCCGCUAUUCGUACGUUUUGCAGUCACUCCCUUUUGAUGUAGCGGUCACCGUCGAAGACCUCCUUGACCCCAUUCCAGCAGACAAACCAUAUACGCUGCUGAAGGAAGCGGUUAUCCAACGGGUAGCUAAAUCGGCUAACCUUAUGCUGCGGGAACUUUUCACUCAAGUAGAGCUAGGUGAUCAGACACCUUCUCAGCUCAUGCGUCACAUGCGCUCACUACUCGCUGGUAGGCACAUGGAUGACGCCAUUUUUCGCGAGAUUUGGUUAGAAAAGUUACCGGUGCCUAUGCAGCAGGUUUUGGCCAUGUUGGACUCGAAUACAUCUUUAGAGAAACUAGCUACCCACGCCGACCGAAUCAAAGAGUGUUACCCCAUGGGUGCCUCGUGUUCCACUAUCCAACAGCCACCGCCUUCCAAAGGCAAGCCCCAUCAGGGCAUUGACUCUGAUUCAGAAGGCCCACCAUUACCAGCGCACGACACUCCCUAUUCGGAAAAAGCGUCAUGCUCUUGCACAACCCGACGCGCGCCCACAUCAGCCGGUCCCCCCAGAACACCCACCGCCGCUUAUCGCACCGAUUACGACGACCUGAGAGACACUGUGCGUCUCCUUUGCACUCAGGUGAGUAACAUGUGCUCUGCGCUUAACAGUCUUCAAGCAGCUAGGAGACAACCAUGCUCACAUCGACGGUCUAAAUCCCGUGAGCGGCGUUCACAACCCUCAUGUUGGUAUCACCGCACUUAUGGCCCGAAAGCCCGAAAGUGCAUACCUCCUUGUUCGUUCGCUUGUCCUCCACAGUUAAACGACCACGCCAGCCAGUAAUGGCGACGACUGCUGCUGGCCCGUCGCGACCCAGUCGCCUUUUCUAUAUCGAUGACAAGUCGAGCGGCCUUCGUUUCCUGGUCGAUACCGGUGCCGAGGUCAGUGUCAUCCCGCCUCUAAGGCGUCACCGCCUCAAGCCAUCGCAAUUCUCAUUGCAGGCUGCAAAUAGCACCACAAUCAGCACCUACGGCCAACGGUCCCUCACUUUAGACCUUGGUCUCCGACAACGUUUUCAAUGGGUCUUUAUUGAGGCUGACGUCAAAUCGCCCAUAAUCGGGGCCGACUUUUUGUCAUCUUUCGGCUUAACAGUCGACGUCAGACACCGUCGCCUCUCAGACACCACCACCCAACUCUUUACUAUAGGUACCAGUAGCUCUGAACGGUCGGUUGGCAUUCAUGUCACCAUCCCCAGCACCCCUUUCGCUGACAUUUUGAAGGACUACCCGUCCAUCACUAAACCAUGCCAUUUUACCGAAACCGUUCAACACGGAGUGAAACACCACAUUGUCACGGCAGGGCAACCAGUGCACGCUCGUCCGCGUAGACUCCACCCUGACAAACUCCGAAUAGCAAAGAACGAAUUCGACCAUAUGAUGAAUCUGGGCAUUAUACGCCCUUCAUCUAGCCCAUGGGCCUCACCACUGCACAUGGUGCCAAAGAAGUCCCCUGACGAUUGGAGACCGUGCGGUGAUUAUCGAGCCCUAAACAGGUCCACAGUCCCUGACCGGUACCCCAUUCCCCACAUUCAUGACUUUUCCCACAUGUUAGCCGGCAAAACUAUUUUUUCCAAGAUAGACCUCGUCAGGGCGUGCCACCAAAUCCCGGUCGCGGAGGAAGAUAUCCCAAAGACCGCUAUCACGACACCCUUUGGGCUGUUCGAAUUUAUUCGCAUGCCCUUUGGUUUGCGCAACGCUGCCCAGUCGUUUCAGCGCUUCAUCGAUGAGAUCUUGCGGGGCCUUCCAUUCGCUUACGCCUACAUCGACGACAUACUCGUCGCAAGCUCUUCGGCAGAGGAACAUGCCUCGCAUUUACGCCUCAUAUUCGAUCGUUUCCAGCAACACAGUUUGCAAUUAAACGUCGACAAAUGCCUUUUUGGCGUUAAUUCUCUCGAUUUCCUUGGCCACCACGUCGAUCAGCACGGAAUCACUCCACUUACAGAGAAGGUGCAAUGCAUCUUGUCUUUCCCUGUUCCCAACACACUCACUCAGCUGCGACGUUUCAUAGGCCUUAUCAACUAUUACAGACGUUUUAUUCCCCACUGUGCGGCAAUCCUGGCUCCCUUGACUGACCUUUUGAAGUCGAAGGCAAAACCUAUUGAACUUUCACCGGCAGCCCACACAGCUUUUGAGGAAGCGAAAAAGGCUCUUGCCGAUGCCACCAUGCUGCACCACCUCAGCUCUGACGCUCAUACACAGCUCAUUUUGACCACCGACGCUUCCAGCAGUGCUGUCGGCGCAGUCUUGCAUCAACAGGUGAAUAACCAGUUGCAGCCUUUAGCUUUCUUUUCACAGAAGCUACAACCGGCGCAGACUCGCUACAGUACUUUCUCUCGCGAGCUCCUAGCCGUCUACUUGGCCAUCCGUCACUUUCGACACCUUUUAGAGGGCAGAGACUUUUCGGUCCACACCGACCACAAGCCUCUCACUUACGCCCUGAAGGCCAAGCCAGAUCGGUACUCGCCCAGGGAAGUUCGUCACCUGGACUAUAUUUCGCAGUUUACUGCCGACAUCCGCUACGUCCGAGGCAGCGACAAUGUCGUUGCUGAUGCAUUAUCCCGUCCGGACAUCAACACACUCACAUCCGAUUUCGACCUGGCGAGGCUUGCAGACCUCCAAACAGCAGACGAGUCCAUCGCGGACUUACGUACGUCUACUACUCUGCAGCUUCGAGAUGCACCACUUCCUGCGUCACCAGGUACGAUUUUGUGCGAUUGGUCCACAGGCACCCCUCGUCCUGUUGUUCCACUAUCCUAUCGUAAGGUCGUCUUUGACCACUUCCACUCCCUCUCCCACCCUGGCAUUCGCGCUGGACGUAAGUUAAUCGCGGCUCGUUUUGUUUGGCCGAAGAUGAAUUCCGACAUUGCUCUUUGGACUAAACAGUGCCUCGCAUGCCAGAAGAACAAGGUUCAUCGACACACUUUCUCCCCUCCAAGUACCUUUGCGGUCCCGGAUGUUCGAUUUAAUCAUGUUCACUUGGAUUUAAUCGGACCGUUACCCCCUUCACGUGGGUACACACAUAUCCUGAUGGCCGUUGACCGUUUCACACGAUGGCCGAUUGCCGUUCCUAUCUCGGAUACCUCGGCAGAAAAUAUCGCCAUGGUUUUUCUGACCCACUGGAUCUCAACUUUUGGUGUUCCGCCACCCUUACCACCGACCGUGGAAGUCAAUUCCAAUCUGGCCUCUUCCGUGAGUUCACUAGACUGCUCGGGUGCGCGCACAUCACAACCACGGCAUAUCAUCCUGCCUCCAACGGUCUCGUUGAGCGUCUACACCGCCAACUGA